UUUCCUUCCUCGACUCCACUUUCUAUUUUUCUUACACUUUCGGCCCCUUUCUUCUUUUUCACUUUCGUGUCUCCCUCUCUUCCCUCCCACGCUUUCCCGGUCUUUGAUAAAACCCGGUGCCCCAUCGCAAAACCCUUAGCCCCUUCCCUCCAACCCCAUAAUAAACGGCCGCAGCAGAAUUUUCAGGCGGGCCAACUUCGGUAAAAUCGGCAGUUAAUCAGGUCUAGCUGUUGAACCACAACAAGCACGAAAAUGAAAAGGCUGCUGAAAUUGACAUGGCUGCGGUUGCGUAAUCUAGUAAAGAUACCUCAGCCAGUUCGAAUAUCAUUACGGGAUAAAGCAAUAGCAGUCGCAGGGAGAGUUUCUGUAGUCAAAGUUCGAGACUCUAUGCAGGUUUGUUGUCCUGUAUGCACAGAAGCGAUUUCCUCUCCACUUGACUCUGACGUGAAAAUGAUACUAGCAGUGCACUUGAGUUUAUGGCAUGCUGAGGAUGUUAACUUGCAAUGGGACAUUAUGCAGAAGAAGAAAGAUUCAGUUCUUCAUUUGCCUUCCUUAGUUGUUGGAGUAGGAAUAGCUGCUGGCGUUGGAGUACUGUUGACUUUUCUGGCAAAAAAUCGGGCUCAAGCUUUGGUAGGGAAUACAGUGAGACAACCGAGAUUCAAGGAAAGCAUUGUUUAGGCCAUUUGGCAUAACGCUUCCGGUUUGAGAAAAAAUAUCCUUUACACCCACAAAUGAGGAGCUGCUAAAGUACACAGAUGUACAUUUGCCAUUUGCCACCAUACCUACCUUGUUUCAAGCUUCUGACAUUGGCACCUAAGGUGCCCCCUCCGGAUCAGGUCAAGACUUUUAUUGCGGUUGGGAGUUCAUCAGCAGUGGUUGGUUUGUGACCCAAGUUGGGCAGAAAUUCCAUUGAUUUUACAAAAGCCUAAGAGUCUGAACCUAUGUGGCCAAGUUGUUUUAAUUUAGUCGUGGGAUGAAAGAUGAACAACUUCUUGUAAGGGUUGGGAGUUUGUCCAGCAUUAUAUUUGCUUGGUGGAUCAUACUCUUUUUUGUUUACCGCACUUCUUGGAUCAUACUUAUGAGAUUGUCAAUUGAUAGACCAAGAUAUGAAGGGUAAAUUUCAAUUGAUAGACCAAGAUAUGAAGGGUAAGUUAU